AGUCAGUCGAAAACGCGUCGCGGCUCUUGAAAGUAGUACAAAGUGAACUGCGCAUUGAUCUAGCUGAAGUCGUGGGGUUAUUCGGAUCUCAAACAAAUUCCCAACAAUUUGUUUGGCGCAGUUGAGCGGAGCGAACGAGUGCGGUUUUUCCCAUACGAAUUCCAGUCGACGCCAUGAAUGUGGAGCAGGUGUUGCUGAUCAGUCUGGCACUGGUUUCCCUCGCACCAGCGGGUCACUCGAUCCGCACCUGCGGGAGCCACCAGGUUUGCGUUAGCAAGCAAAGGUGCGACGAGACGGAUGAUUCCGGCAAGGGGAAGCUGGUCAAGCGCAUACUGGACAACAGCUGCGGGCUUGGCUUGGAGUGCUGCGAUAAGGAGCAGCUGGAGAACUACGACGCCUAUCAGGCCGAAGUCGAGAACCGGAAUCGGCGACGGGGCAAUCCCUGGUCCUCCUCGGAUAACCCCCUAUCAGCCGCUCCGGUCUACAAAAGCUGCGGCGUCCGGCGAGAGUGUGUCCCGCGGCACCUCUGCACCACCGGAGUGGUCAACGAGGAUGGCCGGUACAUCAUCAAGCCGCGCAUCAAUGAGGACAGCAACUUCGGCUGCCGAAUCGUGGAGGAGUGCUGUCCGCUGGACGACCAGAUCGAGGAGGGUCGCAAUCCCAUCCAGCGCAACGUGAAGGACUUCCUUCUGAAGGGCUGCGGCUACAGCAAUCCCAAGGGGCUCUACUACCAGCUGGAUGGGUACAACAAUGGCGAGUCCGUCUUCGCCGAGUUCCCCUGGACAGUGGCGUUUAUGGACAUGGAGGGCAACUACGUCUGCGGCGGCACCCUGAUCCACCCGCAGUUGGUGCUGACCAGUGCACACAACGUGUUCAACCAAACUGAGGACUCGCUGCUGGUUCGAGCUGGAGACUGGGACCUGAACAGCCAGACAGAGCUGCACCCCUACCAGAUGCGGGCUAUCAGCGAGAUUCAUCGCCACGAGAACUUCAACAACCUGACCUUGUACAACGACAUUGCUCUGGUGGUGCUGGAGCGGCCUUUCCAGGUGGCACCGCACAUCCAGCCCAUCUGCCUGCCGCCGCCAGAGACGCCCCGAAUGGAGGCCGAGUUGCGGAGUGCCCACUGCCUGGCCACUGGCUGGGGGCACAGAAACAGCACGUCCCGCACCAUGGAGAACCUGCUGAAGCGCAUCGAGCUGCCGGCGGUGGACCACGAGUCCUGCCAGAGCUUGUUGCGGCGCACUGUCCUUGGGCGCCGCUACCGCCUCCAUCCGAGCUUCAUUUGUGCCGGCGGCGUGAAGGGCAAGGACACCUGCAUGGGCGACGGCGGCUCCCCGCUGUUUUGCACUUUGCCUGGGCAGAAGGAUCGCUACCAGCUGGUGGGCAUCGUGUCCUGGGGCAUCGAGUGCGCCGAGGAGGAUGUGCCCGCGGCCUACACCAAUGUGGCCUAUUUGCGGAGCUGGAUCGAUGAGCAGGUGACGCGGAGCGGGUUCCCAUUAAUAGAGGGCUUUUAGUUGUUAGGUUAGGUGCACAGUUAGCAUGUAAAUCAAUCUCAAAUAAAAUUACUUUAAUUAUUUGCAGUUACAGUCCGU